AUGGGGCGCAAGUUCUUCGUUGGAGGAAACUUCAAAAUGAAUGGGACGAUCAAGACCAUCAAGGAUAUCGCCCACAACCUCUCGACGGCCAAGCUCGACCCAAAUACCGAAGUAGUCGUCGCGCCUCCGAGCUUGUACCUCCUCCUUGCGCGAGAGCACUUUGCUCCCAGCAUCGAAGUCGCCGCCCAGAAUGUGUUCGACAAGCCCAGUGGAGCUUUCACUGGCGAGAUCUCCCCGCAGCAGCUGAAAGACUGCAACAUAAACUGGGUUGUCCUAGGUCACUCUGAGCGUCGAACGAUUCUCCGCGAGGAUGACGACUUCGUGGCGUGCAAGACCAAGGCAGCGUUGGAUGCUGGCGUGAGUGUCAUUCUGUGCUGUGGCGAGUCUCUCGAGGAACGUGAGAAGGGCGUCACCGUCGACGUCGUUACGCGACAACUGGCAGCGGUCAACAAAUCCAUUGGCAAGGACGGCUGGAAGAAUGUCGUGAUUGCAUACGAACCGAUCUGGGCGAUUGGAACAGGCAAGGUUGCUACAACCGAGCAAGCGCAGGAAGUCCAUGCAGCCAUCAGAAAGUGGCUUGCCGAUUCUGUCUCGCCUGAGGUGGCGGAGGAGACGAGAAUCAUCUAUGGCGGUAGCGUGACCGAAAAGAACUGCGCAGAGCUGGCCAAGCAGCCCGACGUUGACGGUUUCUUGGUGGGCGGAGCCAGUCUGAAGCCUGCUUGUAAGUGCUAUCUCAUUCUAUUGAUCAAGCACGAUUCAGGAGGCUAA